ACCGUCAACGUUCUUUUGACGUCCUUCCCAGGAUUGAACCUCCCCUCCACUCUUUCCCUCCCCCUCUCCGCCGAUACGCCAAUCUCGCAACUUCAAGAUCGCAUUUAUGAACGCCUCCCAGCACACAACAGCCGCCUCAUCCUCACAACCAUCUCGAACAAGCAGCUGCCACGGACAUCAUCUGAUCCUAUCUCCAAGUUACUCUCUAGUCCUCAGGAUGACUUCCUCUCACUUCGGCUCGCCCUACCAAUGUGUGGUGGUAAGGGUGGAUUCGGCUCCCAACUACGAGCAGCAGGUGGUCGCAUGUCCUCAAAACGGAAGCGGAAUCAAGGCGAAGACAACGGAUCAAGCCGAAACCUGGACGGACGUCGGUUGCGAACAGUAAAUGAAGCAAAAGCAUUAGCAGAGUAUUUGGCAAUCAAACCGGAGAUGGCAAAGAAGGAAAAAGAGGAGAGACGGAAGCGAUGGGAACAAGUUGUUGAACUCGCCGAACGGAGGGAAGAGGAGAUCAGAUCUGGCAACAAGGGCAAGGUCGAUGGAAAAUGGGUUGAGGAUAAGGAGGAGGCCAACGAGAGAACUCGUGAAGCCGUACUGGCUGCUAUGAAGUCGGGCGAUUACAAGGACAAUCUCCUGGGAACGUCGCACGGCAGUGGUUCGGGAUCUGGUAACUCGGGAAGUGACGAUGAGGCGAUGGCUGGCACGAGCUCGAAGGAUACAACUCCGCCCUCGGAAUCGGAAGCUAAAGCCAAAACGAGGACUUUCUUUGGAUUCGAUGAUGACGAUGAGUUUAUGAGCAGUGACGAUGAUGAGAAAGCUGAGGAGAAGGAAGAGGAUGUAGAGGAAGUGGAGGAAGUGGAGGAAAUUGAGGAGGAUGAGGUUGAGGUUGAG